AUGCGAACUACUGCCCAUGUGAUCAACAAGUUUCCCCAACCAAAGCUCGGAUUCAUCUUACCAUUUGAGAUACUAAGGGACAUGAAACCUACAGUUAGUUACUUCGGAGUAUUUGGUUGUGUUUGCUAUGUAUUUGUGCCUGACCAUCUAGGUAGCAAGUUUGACAAGAAAGCAGUCAAGUGUAUAUUUGUUGGAUACGAAAAUCAAAGGAAAGGAUGGAAGUGCUGUGAUAUAACAAGUAGAAAAUACGAUACAUCAAGAGAUGUAGUUUUCGAUGAAGCAUUUUCAUGGUGGUCCUCGGAGAAGAAAAUUUUCUUUAAUUACAAUUUUGUAAUUAAGUGGAACUUCAGAGGUAUUUUGGUAAUUUGGAACUCCCUUCUUUCUUGUUCCGUGCUACGAGUCUGUCAAGAUACAAAUCUGGUUGCCGUGUCUGUCAAGAUAAUGUCUCUUACUGUCUUAACUUUAGGUGUGAUAUCCUUUAUAUAUGGAGUCGUAGCUGAGAACAAGAAACCUGCAUCUAGAACUCCCAUCCCAGGCAAAGGCACUGUUAUCUGUCAGUAUCCAGCGGACCCAACUGUGGCCCUGGGAUAUCUCUCCGUUGGGUUUCUUCUUGCUUCUUCAAUUGCAGGAUACCUCUCUUUGUUCUAUCCUUACCAAGGAAAACCCGUUCCUCGAGGUUCCAUGUUUAAGAGCAGCACUUCAUCUAUCUUCUUCAACAUUGCCCUGUUCACAACUGGGUUGACUAUAACUUUGCUCGUUUGGCCUACAAUCACCGAGAAAAUUCACUUGACUCGCAAUGUUCAUCAGAAUCUCGAGACAGCAUGCCCGACUGCUAAGACUGGUCUUCUGGGUGGUGGUGCAUUUCUAUCCCUGGAUUCUUCCCUCUUCUGGUUGGUUGCCCUGAUGUGGGCUGGAAAUGCUCGAGAGGACUACUUUGAUGAAAUAGAGGAAAACGGAGACAGUGUUGAGGUUCUAUACGUGAUAUAUGCUUGA